GCUUCUUACAGGGGCCGCCGCCGCGGCAUCUGCAUCGCGCUGCCUCUCUCGAGCUGAGACGCGCGCGCGCGAUCCGCCCGAGGAGUACCGGGAAGGGGAUGUGGAAUAAGCCUCCCGCCUGGACCCCGCUGCGCUCUGCUUUCCUCCAGCUCUGACGGUCAUGGAGAAGAAGGCGAAGAGGCUGGCGCUCCUGCUGGGAUCGCUGCUGCUUCUUUCCGGGGGCUCUGCGUGGGCCAAGGAGACCUGCCCCACCGAGAAGUACACCACCAGUGGAGAAUGCUGCAAAGCCUGUAACGUCGGGGAAGGUGUUGCCCAGCCUUGCGGGGUGAACCAAACUGUCUGCGAACCAUGCCUGGACAGUGUCACCUAUUCAGAUGCAGUGAGCGCAACGGAGCCUUGCAAGCCAUGCAAGGAAUGUGUGGGCCUGGAAGGCAUGUUGGCGCCCUGCGUGGAGUCAGACAACACCGUCUGCAAAUGCAUCUAUGGCUACUACCGGGACGAGAGGAGCGACACUUGCAGGAAGUGCCGGAUCUGCGAAGUGGGCUAUGGCCUCGUGUACCCCUGCGGGGAAAAUCAGAACACGUGGUGUGAGAAGUGCCCCCUGGGGACGUACUCUGACGAAGCGAACCAUGUGGACCCCUGCUUUCCUUGCACCGUGUGUGAAGAGGACGAGAUCGCCGUCAAGGAGUGCACCGCCACAUCAGAUGCGAGGUGCAGAGUGAUUAACCCACGGUUUACCACAGCUGCACCAACACCGGAGCCCAACACCACGGGUGCCAUCACAGUUCCUCAACACGAUUUACCGCCUGGGAGUCCUGAAGGCCCCUUUCAGGUCACAGAUGACCCAUAUACCAUGGAUGUUUCUGGUAGCACUGUGGCUGGUACAGCAACCACAAUCAUGGGUAGCUCCCAGCCGGUGGUCCGAAGCGGCACAGCGGACAACCUCAUUCCUGUGUACUGCUCCAUUUUGGCAGCCGUGGUGGUGGGGCUGGUGGCGUACAUUGCUUUCAAGAGGUGGAACAGCUGCAAGCAGAACAAGCAAGGUGCCAACAACCGCCCCGUCAACCAGACGCCUUCGCCGGAAGGGGAGAAGCUCCACAGCGAUAGCGGCAUCUCUGUCGACAGCCAAAGCCUCCACGACCAGCAGCCGCAAACGCAGACGGCAUCCAUGCAAGGCCUUAAAGGAGAUGGGAACCUUUACACCAACCUGCCCGUCAACAAGCGGGAGGAGGUUGAGAAGCUGCUGAACGGUUCCACCGAGGAGACUUGGCGCCACUUGGCUGGGGAGCUGGGCUACAAGGAGGACCACAUAGACUCCUUCACUCAGGAGGAGUACCCCGUCCGCGCCCUCCUCUCCGACUGGUCCAGCAAAGACAGCGCCACGAUGGACGCCCUUUAUACCGCCUUGCGUAAAAUCCAACGGGGGGACAUUGUGGAAAGCCUCUACAGCGAGUCCACUGCCAGUUCGCCAGUCUGAAGCAGGGGAGGCGGGGCAGAGGUCCUACGGGCCAGCCCCUCUGUGAUUCCCCACCCUGCUUUUUCCCUCUCGGGGUGAAGACACAUGAAGGAAAAAAAAUGGAGCUUAGUCUCCCCACAGCCACCAUCAUUUCUGGGGAGCACCGGAGCAACACACUGCAUCGGUUGUGGGUUGUUUUCCUCUUUUUCCUCCUCCUCCUCCCCAGUAUUUUCACCCAAUACCUCUUACCGGUAGCAGACAGUAAGAUGCUAAAAAAUAAUAAUAAUAGGAGAAAGAAACAGAGGAAGGUAACUGGAACGAAUGUUAUUGCUUGUGUGUGUGUUUAAAGAGAAAUUGGAUUGACAGCAUUUUGCUGGUUCUGCAGAACUUGCACCCAGUCGAUGCUGCUAGUUGUGUCCCACUCUUCCGGGUGCCUCUGAGUGCCCAUCUUAUGUGCCUCUCCAUCCUUGUCUCUGUGGAUUUUCUUUCCUCACUUACACCUGUCGAUCUUCAGCUACUGACUCUUCCUUUUUAGGCACUGUGCUCCCCUAAGCCAAGAAAUACAAAAGGCAGCCUGGCUUGAAUGUGUUGCGUGGCUGAUGGACUUGAAGGAGGCUGACAGAGGAUGAAUAUAUGGACCUGGAGCAUGAGGGUGUUAAGAGGACACGAUGGAGACUUUAUCUUCAGGGAGUGUCUCUGGGAGGGGAGGAAGGAUGUGAUUUCUGGCUUGUCAAAAUUGACACUGUGAAGAUCAAACCUCGAAGCAUAUGGGCGGAGGCUUAGGAGGAGACCCCCAUCCAUGUUUCCAUCCAUGCGUUGGUGGCAACAUCAAGAAUGUCUUUGGUCCCUGAUCUGUUGUUUUCUUGCUCAAGAUGCAUUCCUCGUAGUUCAGUGAAGCUGUGUUGAACCUCGUCCCAUAGCUCCCUUGCUGGGUUUGAUCAAAGCUAGUCAGUCCCCAAAUGGGACAGCGCUAGUUUAAAAAGGGGUUAUAAGCCAUACUUGAGAGAGCAGAGCUGGCCAAGGAAAACACGCUAACAGUGCAAACAUUGUCGUUAAUGAGUGGGAAUUAUAUUAAUCACUGUGAUCCUAUAAACCUGGCCUCCGACGUUAUCCCAGAUGUUGUGUUGGCGAGACAUAAUUGAAAGCGAUGCUCUGCAUUCUUCCUCAGA